UUCAGAUUAGCGGGAGCAGCUCUCACACGUAGCAGGUUAGCCGCCGGUGUUUAGUGCACUUAAAUAUCUUAAAUCAUGAGUUUAUGGGUGGAUAAAUACAGACCAACAUCUCUGGCGAAGCUGGAUUAUCAUAAAGAACAAGCAAACCAGCUGAGAAAUUUGGUACAAUGUGGCGACUUCCCUCACCUUCUUGUUUACGGACCGUCCGGCGCUGGAAAGAAGACCCGGAUCAUGUGUCUGCUCCGGGAGUUGUACGGUUCAGGGGUGGAGAAGCUCCGCAUCGAACACCAGUCCAUCACUGCACCUUCGAAAAAGAAAAUCGAAAUCAACACGAUCGCCAGUAACUAUCAUUUGGAGGUCAAUCCGAGUGACGCGGGGACCAGCGACCGCGUCGUUAUCCAGGAGCUGAUCAAGACGAUGGCGCAGUCCCAGCAGAUUCAGUCCAGCACACAGAGAGAGUUCAAGGUGGUGCUGCUGACCGAAGUGGACCGGCUGACCAAGGACGCGCAGCACGCCCUACGCCGAACCAUGGAGAAGUACAUGACUACCUGUCGUCUCAUCCUGUGCUGUAACUCCACCUCCAAGGUCAUCUCGCCCAUCAGGAGCAGGUGCCUGGCUGUCAGGGUGCCGCUGCCCAGCUCGGAGGAGGUGUGCAGCGUUCUGAUGGGCGUGUGCAAAAAGGAAGGUCUGCUGCUCCCGGCUGAGCUGGCCAAACGGAUCGCAGAGAAGUCGGGACGCAACCUGCGCAAAGCUCUGCUGAUGUGCGAGGCCUGUCGAGUCCAACAGUACCCGUUCUCUCCAGAUCAGGAAAUCCCCCAAACGGACUGGGAGGUGUUCCUCAGAGAGACGGCCAACGCCAUCGUGAACGAGCAGAGCCCACAAAGACUCCUGGAGGUCCGAGCGAGACUCUACGAGCUCCUGACCCACUGCAUUCCAGCAGAAAUCAUCAUGAAGGGCCUGGUGUCCGAGCUGCUGAGUAACUGCGACGGUCACCUGAAACCCGAGGUGGCUCAGCUGGCCGCUUACUACGAGCACCGACUGCAGCUGGGCAACAAGGCGAUUUACCACCUGGAGGCCUUCGUGGCCAAGUUCAUGGCCAUCUAUAAGAAGUUUAUGGAGGACGGACUGGAUAACUUCAUGUUCUGAACUCUCUGGUUACAUCUGCGUGUUCUCUUUUCUAAAAAUAUAUAUUUUUGUUUACUGAAUAAACGUUUUUCUCUGGUG